UAAAGUAUGAUACAAAAACAUUUCAAAGUGUAACUGUUUUUCAUUAGGAAACUCAAAGCUACGUGUGCAACCUCAACCUCCUACUGGCCAUAUUAUGAGGCUCUCCACAGAAUGCUCUCCCAAUUCCCUGGACAUGAUGAAACCAACACAACUGAAGACCUGCCGGAAUUGCUUUCAACCACCAGAUCAGAAGCUCCCUCACCUUCACCCCCACCCCCACUGGAGCAACCAACGUUUUCCAGUACGUCUGAUAUCUUGCUGUCUGAAGCAAGUUCUUACGAAUCGAACCUGAUGGAAAAUUCAUCCAGUUUUCAUUGUUCACAAGUCAGGUGUAAGGCACAACCGAGGAAAAGGAAGAAAGUAUCCAAAGUGGACUUGGAUAAGAAGCGUUUAAGAUUAAUGGAGACGAUGCUGGAGGAACAGAAGAAAAUCAGUGCAGCGGUGGAGGAAACAAAGCGGGAGGUCCGGCGAAUUCUCAACCAACAAACCUUCUUACAAAACCAGAGCGUGCAGCUACAGAGGCACAUGGUACACUUGUUGGAAACCCUGGUUUCCCAGCACACUCCCAAAAGAGCAGCUACUCUCUGAUUCAUGAAACAAAAGGGUAGGAAUAGUAACAACAACAACAAGCAUUUAUGUACACCCCACCCCCCACACCCCGUCAUGCGGGGUAGCUUCUCGGAGCGCUUGACACAAACAAGUAACUGAUCAGACACCAAGAGGAGUCCAUAGAUUAUU